CCUCGGAACGUCCCCGGGAGCCCAGCUAGAUCGAGCGCCGGGCCCAGGCGUGCAGGGCUGAAAAGGAGGCGGCGGCCGCGGCUGCGAGCAACAGAUCCCGGCGCCGCGAGCAGACCCGCUCUGCUGUUGGGCGAUUUUUUUUUUUUUAAUUUCAAAAACAUUUAUUAAUUAAGAAAAUCUUGCAUUUUUAAAUGGCGCUGGCCCUGGGUCAGCGGGCGGUUUUCUCUGCUUCAAGAUGGGCUUUGCCGUUUCUGUCGUGGGCACCCGUGGUGGCCUGAUUGUCAGUCUUCUCCGGGCAUUUUUAAGGCCAGGAGCCGAGAGCUGCAUGUAGGCGCCCUACAGAGCGGUUUGGCUGUUUAAAUUAUUAUUUUGGGCAGAGAACAGUCGAUCUCGGGCAUUUCGUCCCUUUUGCAGAAGAGGCUGCGAAUCGGAGGUGGGUCGCUCGGAGGGUGAAAUUCCUCCCGGGGUGAGCUAUCCCCGGCCCCCCACACAGUCCAGGCGGCCCCGAGUGUGUGUCCUGUCCCUGCUGGCGCCGGGAAAAUGGAGGCUGUGAUUGAGAAGGAAUGCAGCGCGCUCGGAGGCCUCUUCCAGACCAUCAUCAGCGACAUGAAGGGGAGCUAUCCAGUUUGGGAAGACUUCAUAAACAAAGCAGGAAAGCUGCAGUCCCAGCUUCGGACAACAGUAGUAGCAGCAGCUGCCUUCUUGGAUGCCUUUCAGAAAGUGGCUGACAUGGCUACCAACACACGUGGUGGUACCAGGGAGAUUGGCUCUGCCCUAACCAGGAUGUGCAUGAGGCAUCGGAGCAUAGAAGCCAAGCUGAGGCAGUUUUCCAGUGCUUUAAUCGACUGUCUGAUAAACCCACUUCAAGAGCAGAUGGAAGAGUGGAAGAAAGGGGCCAACCAGCUGGAUAAAGACCACGCCAAAGAAUAUAAAAAAGCUCGCCAAGAGAUAAAAAAGAAGUCCUCAGAUACACUGAAACUACAGAAGAAAGCUAAAAAAGUGGACGCCCUCGGGCGAGGUGACAUCCAGCCCCAGUUGGACAGCGCGCUCCAAGACGUCAAUGACAAGUACCUCUUACUGGAAGAAACGGAGAAGCAGGCGGUCCGGAAGGCUCUGAUUGAAGAACGCGGCCGGUUCUGCACCUUCAUCUCUAUGCUGCGGCCCGUGAUUGAAGAAGAAAUUUCAAUGCUGGGGGAAAUCACUCAUCUCCAGACCAUAUCAGAGGAUCUGAAAAGCCUGACCAUGGACCCUCACAAACUGCCCUCCUCAAGUGAACAGGUGAUUUUGGACUUGAAAGGUUCCGAUUACAGUUGGUCGUACCAGACACCACCCUCUUCCCCGAGCACCACCAUGUCCCGAAAAUCAAGUGUCUGCAGCAGCUUGAACAGCGUCAACAGCAGCGACUCGCGGUCCAGCGGCUCCCACGGCUCCCACUCGCACUCGCCCAGCUCCCACUACCGCUACCGCAGCUCCAACCUGGCCCAGCAGGCGCCCGUGCGGCUGUCCAGCGUGUCCUCCCACGACUCAGGAUUCAUAUCCCAGGACGCCUUCCAGUCCAAGUCGCCGUCCCCCAUGCCGCCAGAGGCCCCCAACCAGGAGCUCCUGCCAAUGACCACGCAGAGGGUUGCCAUCCCUGUCUUGUUGUGCAAACGGAGGCUCAGAGAUCAGAACUCGUCCAGCUCGGCCUCCUCCGAAGCCUCGGAAACCUGCCAGUCGGUGAGCGAGUGCAGCUCGCCCACCUCAGUCAGCUCAGGCUCCACCAUGGGCGCCUGGGCGUCCACGGAGAAGUUGUCUAACGGGUUUUCUCACUGUAGUUUAUCAAGUGAGUCCCAUGUGGGGCCCGUAGGGGCGAGCCUUUUCCCUCAUUGCCUGCCCGCCUCCCGCCUGCUCCCUCGGGUCACCUCUGUCCACCUUCCAGACUACGCUCAUUAUUACACCACUGGGCCCGGCAUGCUCCCGUCAUCUCAGAUCCCUAGCUGGAAGGACUGGGCCAAGCCAGGACCUUACGAUCAGCCUCUGGUGAACACCCUUCAGCGCCGCAAAGAGAAGCGAGAGCCAGACCCCAGCGGGGGAGGCCCCGGUGCUGCGGGGGGCGCGCCUGCCGCUGCUGACGAGGCUCAGAGACCGCGGAGCAUGACCGUGUCGGCCGCCACCAGGCCUGGUGAGGAGAUGGAGGCCUGUGAGGAACUGGCACUGGCCCUGUCGCGGGGUCUCCAGCUUGACACCCAGAGGAGCAGCCGGGACUCGCUUCAGUGCUCCAGCGGCUACAGCACCCAGACCACCACCCCCUGCUGCUCUGAGGACACCAUCCCCUCCCAAGUUUCAGAUUACGAUUAUUUCUCUGUAAGUGGUGACCAGGAGGCAGAUCAGCAGGAGUUUGACAAAUCCUCCACCAUUCCGAGAAACAGUGACAUCAGCCAGUCCUACCGACGGAUGUUCCAAGCCAAGCGCCCAGCCUCGACUGCUGGCCUCCCCACCACCCUCGGACCUGCUAUGGUCACCCCAGGGGUUGCAACCAUCCGACGGACCCCUUCCACCAAGCCUUCUGUGCGCCGGGGGACCAUUGGAGCCGGUCCCAUCCCCAUCAAGACCCCUGUGAUCCCUGUCAAGACCCCGACCGUCCCAGACCUCCCUGGGGUGUUGCCAGCCCCUCCAGAUGGGCCCGAGGAGCGGGGUGAGCACAGCCCCGAGUCGCCAUCUGUGGGUGAGGGCCCCCAGGGUGUCACCAGCAUGCCCUCCUCCAUGUGGAGUGGCCAAGCCUCCGUCAACCCUCCUCUUCCAGGCCCAAAGCCAAGCAUCCCCGAGGAGCACAGACAGGCGAUUCCAGAAAGCGAGGCCGAAGACCAGGAAAGGGAUCCCCCAAGUGCCACUGCCUCUCCAGGCCAGAUCCCAGAGAGUGACCCUGCAGACCUGAGCCCGAGGGAUGCUCCGCAAGGAGAAGACAUGCUGAACGCCAUCCGAAGGGGCGUGAAACUGAAGAAGACCACGACAAACGACCGCUCAGCCCCGCGCCUCUCUUAGGCUCACCAGAAAUGCUGCCAGUGGGGAAUGAACUGUUUAAUUAAUAAAACCUAAUUUGUCUUGAUCCAUUCCAAUCUAUAAUCAAACAAAAGAUUUUGUAGGCAACUCAGAAUAUAGCUCUUUUGAAAGUACUCAACACCUUUAGAUAAGAAUUAAAAGCAACAUAUGUAACUGACAUAACCUUGAUCUUUUAAUUUGUAAAUAUUGACAGUUUUCUUUCUGCACAUUUUAAUCUUAGUUUCCCUUUUGAUUUUUCUGAAGGUGCCAAAUUCCAUUUAACUUUUUUACAAGUCUUUGUAAAAUUUUAAAUGCAUAAAGGGGGGAGGUCGGGGCAAGGGAACCACGAAGUAGUUAAUUUCAGAAAAAAAGGAUAACUAUAAACUUAGCUUUUUCUUUUCUUUUUUUUUUUUUUUCCUGCAAGCUUUUGUAGAUGCGUUGUAGUAGUCUGGCUUAGAAGCAAAUUCAAGUUAUUUUAAUGUACAAACAAAAUGGAUACAGGGGUAAAAAUCCUCAUUCAAAUCUACUAUGUUCUGGAUGAGAAAAGCAGGAAUCAGUUGAUGAGCAAUAUUCGGAGUGAAGUAAAUCUGGAAAUGGUAGACUGUGUUGGGAUUGGGGGGAGGGUCGUGGGAGGGGCACACUGUCAACAUAGCCGAUCCUGUUACAUUUAAGAGUAGCCUCGUAGGUUGAAUUUCUAGUAGCUUCAUGGUAAAUGCAUCCGAAUAAGCCAUACUGGAUUGCAGUGUUUGUUUCUGUAGGGUGUUUAAGGACUUCCUUCCUCCCACGAUUCCUCUUGACUGCACACAGCACCCACCUCCAGUCCCGUGCAUGCUGCUGCCACCGGUAGACAUAGAAUCCCCCACUUCAGUUACUCGUCUGUUAUACCCACUUUCAUGGAAUCCAGAUACAUCCAAAAGGGUAAGGCAGUUUUAAAAAUGUGAAAACAUUUAAAAUGAUAGCAGGGAAUUCUUAGACAUAGCAAAUGCCUUUUACGUAACUGUGCCCAGCAGGCUGGGCACGUUGAAAAGCCCAAAUAUUUUGAAAAAACUCAAGCGGAUUUAACAAGGGUAACCAGCUGGGAGUCUAGCAACUUGCCAAUGUGUUUACCAAUCUGGGGGCUUGUUUUUCUUACCUUCUUUUAAAUAAAUGGCAGUUAACUGGCUUCAUUUUAAACAUCAAAGAGAGGAGGAUUUACUUGUCACUGGGAAUCUGACCACUAUACUGUCCCUUUUUUUGUAUCCUAGGUAAUGUUUUCUGGAAUGGAUUUAUGUCUUUUCUUUAAGUGAAAGUUAAAUUUGUUAUAACACCCAUCCCCUAAAGCCAACAGAGAUUUGUAGAUUUAAAGGGAUCAUGUACGGGGAAUGCGGUGGUGUUUUUAAAAAAGAUAGCCAGCUCCUUAGGAGUCAGGUGAGUUGAAAUUGCUCAUUUGAGACUGAACCUCUCAAGGAGUAGGUGGGUCCCACAAAUCCUGCACAUCUCUGUUGGUUCUUAUUCAAUUACAUAAUCUUAUGCUUUAAUACAUAACUGCAUUGGAUGUGAAAGAAACGUACCUGUAUAGUCAUUGUUCUAUAUAUUAACAUUUAACACUGCUGUGAUUGCUCAAGAACAUUUUAUGUUAUGGCUUUAAAGCAAAGGCAUGGUUAUUAGAAACUAUUUAAGCUUUUUUCUUUGAAAAACAAGCUCCUUUUACAGAAUAUAAGCAACAGUAGUGCCUGUGGUUUAGCCCACCAAUCUUGAUGACUAAAAGUAGCUGAUGCAUUGUGCAUAUGAUGCUUGAGAUGGUUUUUGCAGAAGCAGAAAUCACUGCAAGGUAAUUACAAUAGAUAAAAGUGGUAUUUUAAACCUUUGAAAUAAAUGGAUGUAACUGUACCCUUGGUACAGCUUUUCACUUGUUUAGUUUUUAAACGUUAGUAUAAUCUGAAUAAAUUUAAUAUAAAAAGUUGCCAAAUUCAAUGUAGAAAGAAUGUGACAAAACACCUUGGGUAGUUCUGUUUGUGUUUUUGCAUAUUGUAAAAGCAGUGUCACAGCUAAAAAUAAAGAAAUUGUUUCUAAAGGUAAA